AUGUAUGGUGUUUAUAUACAAACAACUUUAUUUGCAUAUCAUUUCCAAAGUCAUAUAUACCAAAUAUUAUCGAGGUUUUACGCACAUACACAUUAUUUCAUUUCUAUUAAUCUACGAUAUACCCAACAUUUUUUUUUGCAAUUUCACACGUUCAAAGAUAUAUGCAAUCUGUGCCUAUCGUUCCAUUCAAAUAUAUCUAUAUAUAUAUUGAAAUAUUUACAUUAUUGUAAUAGAUGUUAUUUAAAUGUAGCAAAUUAA